AUGAUUCAGACAAUUCCAAAAAAGGCAAGCGCCUUAGAAUUACAGUCAGCACCAACAGGUGAAUUAGUUCGUGAUGGUAUACACAUUUCUAGCAAUAUGAAUCCAGUAAACUCUGAAAGUUUUUAUGUAGUAUUCAUCAUGGAAGAUGAUUAUGAUGAAGGUGAGUUAUUAGCAGUAACAAUUCAAGAAACAAAGCUUGGUCUAGUUGGUGAAAUAAAUAGACAAUCGUUACAAAUGUUAGGUGAUACAUCACAAACCGAGCCUCUCCAAAUGACAUUUGAAUUUCAAAAAUUUUGUCCAUUUCUAGUAAAAGUUGAAAUUCAAAAACUAAGCAUUUAUUGGUUCCGACAGAUCAUAGCCACAACACCAGUUUUUUGGGAACCAAUUUGUUUAUUUUUCCCAUUUUACAGAUGGGAUUUUGUAAAUCUUAAGCCACAACGGGUCGGGUUGCAAGCCAACAAAG